CUGGAGUGAAGUCGGAGCGGAGGAUCGCGCCGUCCCAGCCGGCCAGCGUCCACGCCGCUCCCGCACCCUUACCCCUGCCCGCCCUUGCCAGGCGCGACCGGCGGCCAUGCAGCCGCAGGGCUGAGGCGGCCCCAUGCGAAGCCCGCGUCCCCGCGGUCCGGGCAACGACGGCGCAUGGAGAACUUCCGUAAGGUGCGCUCCGAGGAGGCGCCGGUGGGGGGUGGGGCCGAGGGGGGCGGCCCGGGCUCCAGCCCCUUCGCGGACCUUGCGCCGGGCGCUGUGCACAUGCGGGUCAAAGAGGGCAGCAAGAUCCGGAACCUGCUGGCUUUCGCCACCGCCAGCAUGGCGCAGCCAGCCACGCGCGCCAUCGUCUUCAGCGGCUGCGGUCGGGCCACCACCAAAACCGUCACGUGCGCGGAGAUCCUCAAGCGCCGCCUGGCGGGCCUGCAUCAGGUCACGCGGCUGCGCUACCGGAGCGUGCGCGAAGUGUGGCAGAGCCUCCCGCCGGGGCCCACACCGGGUCAGGAGCCUGGCGAGCCGGCCGCCAGUCUCAGUGUACUUAAGAACGUGCCCAGCCUCGCCAUCCUACUUUCCAAGGAUGCACUGGAUCCGUGCCAACCCGGUUACCAGCCCCCGAACUCCCAUCCUGGACCCUCGUCCCAGCCAACUGCACCGACGUCCAAGAGGAGCCUAGGGGAACCCGCGGCUGGAGAAGGCUCUGCGAAGCGGUUACAGCCUGGGCCAAGCGCUGCGGAAGAGGAACGGAUGGCCUGAGAGCUCGUGGGUCUGGGCCACGUAGACGCUCUGGAUCUCACCCCCAGCGCCUCGACCUUGAGACACAUCUCCAGCCUUUCACGCCUCGGUGCUCUGGACAUAACUCCUCAGACGGUCAGCAUGGACCCCAAGGCAACAAGAGAGUGACCCCAGGGAAGCUUCGUUCCACCACUUGUGUUGCCUGAAGACGCAGAACUCCACCUUCAGCUUUUCUGAGCCAUACUGGAACCUUCUUCAGGGAGGGAGUGGUUGGC